CACUGCUUUUCAUCCAAUGGGAACGAAAAGUAGCCCUAGUAUGAGAAUGCAACAAAACUGCAUUUUCGCAAAACCGCUCUACUGUUUCGCCCUUUUAUUACAGGCCAAUUAAAGUACCCGUGAUGCAAUAGCAGAGUCGUUGUGUGACCUCAACAUAACAAUUGAGGCUUGAGCUCUGCAACCGAUUCACUGGUUGCAAUUCUGUUUCAACAAACUAACAAGGCUCACUAAAAAAACUGGUACUUUACGUAUUUACGAUUAUCUAUCAUGUUGUUCGUUGUUAUCUUGCUCUUUACUUUUUGUUAUCCGUCCAAUGGAGCGAAAAUACUCGGUGUGCUGGUAUCAGAAUUCAAGAGUCACUACUUAAACAUUAGGAAUGUGGCCGAUGAAUUGGCAUCGCGGGGUCAUGAGGUCUCUAUAGUUGUUCCAUCUGUCCUGCCGUUUACUCCAUCACCCUCGUUUAGGCAUUCUACUUAUAAAUUUCCUUUCGGCAAGGAUCACUUGGUAAACACUUUUGUUCCGAAAUCGCAUAAUCUAUCUUUUUUCGAGGGUGCAGAAGACAACGAAAAGUGGAUGGACUACUUUUUCAUUUCAUGUAGAGCUCUGCUGAGUCACGUUCAACAGCACAAGGAUGAACUAAAGAAGUUUGACUUGAUGUUUUGUGAUUCACCUCCAGAAUGCGGCGCUGUCGUCUCUGAAAUCCUUCGACUGCCGAGGAUUGACAUCAAACCUGCAGGUUUUGGGAUGAGAUUUAAUCUAGCUCUAAGUGUGGUUUCUUAUAUCCCGUGGAUAUUUUCAUCUAACAGUAAUCAAAUGAACUUUUUCGAGCGGGUUGAAAACUUGUUUUAUCACACACUGAUUUCAGCCUCAUCUUGGAGCUAUUACGCGCGCUACGACGGACUCACGGUAGAAUUCGGCGAAGGAGGCGAAAGAUCUUUCCAGGAAGCAAUUAAUAUGGCGGAGAUGACCAUCAUCAUGGGUCACUUUGCUCUGGAAUAUCCUCAGCCAAUUUUGCCAGCCACAAAAUUAGUGGGACCAUUGACAAUCAAACCCACAAAUCCACUUCCUAAGGACCUGGAGCAGUUUAUCGACGGAGCAGGAGAUAAAGGCAUAAUCCUGUUUGCAUUAGGAACACUCGGGGACGUAGUAUUGAAGAAACACCAGGUAGACAUGUUGGCCGAAGCCUUUGGGAGACUGGAGCAGAGAAUCAUAUGGAGAUUGAAGGGUAAGUUUAUAAAUGUGAUCACUGCAUUGCAGCCUAACUCCCUCUCUUCCCUCUUUUUGUAAACUUACAACACCCUCUACCAUACAAAAUUCAAUCUCCUUAUACCCACUGACUUCAGUGAUGACUUGAGAGCCCAUUAAUUUGAGGAUUCUGAUACAUAACAUCAUUAGAGCCACAAAGGUCGCCAGAGAAUGUACUGCCUUUAUAUAUAAAUAUGUUUUGUAUACACCAAUGUGAUAACGCUGCCCCCAAAAUGAUCAAAGAUUUUGUCAAACUAGGCAAGCAUUUUCUGGUACAUAAAACGUCACUUGCUGAUUUGCAUAAGACACGAAAGGAAUUGGACAGUGCUUGUCACCGAAGCAGAAUUUCCAGCAGUCUAGAAUUUUCCACCCCUCCA